AUGUACUAUUCAGUGAGCUCGGGUAAUUUCCGCAGGCUCACCGAUUUGGGGGGCAUAGUCGCCCGAAACCAGUGAGAUUUCGUAAACUGGUGUAAUUACUUAACAUGUACAACACUAUACGAUUGUAAGUACCCGAUUAUAUUGUAAUUUAUAUAUAUAUUUAUAACCUUUGAGAUAAAUCGUAAUUAUUAUCCUACGUAAUUAAAACCAUUAUAUAAUUACAAGUACAUUAAUAAUCAAUUGUUAUAGCCUAUAGCUAAUUAUUUAUUAGUCGUUACAAUAAUUGUAAUACAUACAAUAUUAUAAUUAUUAUAAUAUAACCAUGUUCUUCUGGGAUAUAACUAUGUCGUACUACAAGAUAAAAGUUAAUAAUGGUUAAGAAGUGUUAAUGUGUAUUGUGGGCCUACCAAUUUUAUUUAUCUAUAUCUAUAUGCUUUCGUAUUAAGCUAGAUUUAUUAUGUUCUCAGUUCUCGACCUAGUUGGAAAUCUAUUAUCUAUAAUGACGAGUUCUAAAAACAAUAAUUUAAAAUACAUUUAUAAAUAUUUCGCCAAUUAAAGAAAACAACAAAUUCUAUUUAGCGUUUACUAAUAUUACUAUAAUAUAGGUAUAUUGCAUUUUUGGUUAAUUGAAGAAAAAUAUUGAAAAUUUCGUAACUCAAAAACAGAAAAUAUAAUUACACAUUUUAUUGUUUUGAAAUAGAGGAAAUCAAAGGAGGACAGAAGCGAGGAAGAUUUUGUCCCUUUCAAUAUUUAUAAUAAUAUAAUAUAAGUACCUAUUAUAAUACCUAUUUAUUUAUAAAAUAAAUUAAUAUUAAUUUUUCAAAAUGAUUAAAAUUAACGUAAACUUCCCUCCCCCAUGUUCCGGACGGGAAUCGAACCCGUGUCUCUCGCUUACCGGUCUACCAGUUACCACUGGACUACUCCAUACCUAACUUUGUAGAUUAUUUCCGCCAAACUUGAAUAGUCUGACGUGCCAGGUUUGGGCAGGUUGGUGUCCCCGACGCACCUUGUAUUUAUCGCCGAUAUCCGGAGGAUACAGGAUGCACUGUCUUGGACUUCCCUCACUGGGAGCCCUUCCGGUCAGUAGUUAGGGCAUUUUUCGGGGACAUAAGCGUCACUCCUGAUGACGUUCUGGACCUACUCUUCGGUUAUCCUAGCGGAUAUCCUACGUGCCGGAACCAAGAUCGCGUCAGGAAUGACAAACUCACGGCAGCUUCUACUCAUGGCACACAGUUCUUCUAUUCGAUGGUGGAGAACAUUUUGUGCCGCAGGAGUAAGACAAGAGGAACAGGGAGGCUGAGGCGAGAAGUUAAUCGGCUACUCGCUGCCUGA